AUGGCAGCCCCGGCGGACGAAUAUCGCUCGCUGCUAGAAGAGCUGCCGCUGAACACGAUCGAAUACGCGUUCGCCUACGGCAGCGGAGCUGUUCAGCAACAUGGCGAGAACAAGGCCGACAAGAUGGUCGAUUUCAUCCUCGCCACGUCCGACCCACAUGGCUUCCACGAGGAUAAUGUGGCCAAGAACCCGAGCCACUACUCUACGCUACGCCUGCUGGGGCCCAAAUGCUUGGCGAAAAUCCAGACAGCUUACGGGGCUCGCGUCUACUUCAACACACAAGUACAUGCGGCAAAUCGGACGAUAAAGUACGGCAUUAUCUCGAUGGACGAUUUAAAGUCCGAUCUUAUCGACUGGAAUUGGCUGUACGUCGCCGGGCGUCUUCAGAAACCUGUUCUAGAGGUAAUAUCGAAAACGCCCAACGUCUCCGAAUGGAUAGCAACAAAUCGACGAAGCGCCCUGCAAGUGGCCCUGCUGCAUUCGAAGGAGCACUUUUCUUUGCGCGAGCUGUUCGAGCAGGUUUUUAACGGAUUUCGUUGCCUUCAUAAUUCAAUUUUUUGGAUUGUCGCCAUCUCGUACACGGGCGAUUUUCGAAUGUUGAUCGGCGAGGAUAGGAAUAAGAUUUCGAAGAUUGUCGCCGGAAAUUUCCCGCAACUCGACGCCGCCUAUCGCCCAUUAUUGGAGUCGGAUCCGAGUGUGCUGGUCAAGUCAACGACAGCGCUUCAGCAAGACGUUAACCCGAUGAUUCUGCAGGAGCGGUUAAAAUUGCUGCCCCCGCGCGUUCUCCGGCAUAUUGGCGUGGUGGCGGAUCGCGCUGACGUCUCCAUCCGGUUGUCCGCCGCCGUCAAGUCGAUUGUAGCGCCGGUGGCGAUUGCUCAGACGGUGAAGAACGCGUUCUCGGCGGGGCUGAUGCGCUCGCUCGUCUACUCGAUGGCCAAAAUGAGCAAGAUGGCCAAGUCAAUGAAA